AUGGCGCCGUUGAACUCUCACGAAAUCAUCUCUCAUGGACAAAAUAGUAUAGAACAGCUUUCAGUAGACUUGGACGGAGUCCUGUCACCUAUUGAGCUGCCAUGUGGCCGAGUGCUACCGAACAGGCUCGCCAAGGCAGCAAUGUACGAGCAUCUCGCAGGAUUUCUCGGUGGGCCGCCAAAUGAUUCACUAAAUGAGCUUUACUCUCGCUGGGCCCGAGGAGGAUGGGGUAUGAUUUUAACAGGGAACGUGCAAAUAUCUCAAAAGCAUCUGUCUCUCGGUGCCGACAUGGUGAUUCCUCAUACGCUAUCAGAAGAUGCCGUAGCAGGGUUUAGAAAACUGGCAGAUUCAAUGAAAGGUCGUGACAUUGAGGGACGCAAGAUGCGUCCCCUUGCAGUCAUGCAACUAAGUCAUGCCGGGCGACAGUCGCCAAAUGGUCUAGGUGGACGCUUGCCGUUUGUCGAACCUCCCUUAUCUGCCAGCGCAACACGAGUUGGAAUGUCACCGGACUCUCUUCGAUCAGAUAAUUUGUCGACACGGGUGACGAACAGGCUGUUAUUCCAGAAGUCCGUUGCCAUGACUGGCGCAGACGUGGAGGAGGCAUUGGACGGAUUUGUUCGUGGUGCUCGUUUGGCUGUACUAAGUGGAUUCGACGGCGUUCAGAUACAUGGUGCCCAUGGGUGUAGGGGUAAUGCAGAUCUCGUGGCACAGUUUAUCUCGCGCAAGACAAACCAUCGCACUGAUGUAUAUGGACAUCCUCUCCAAUUCUUACAUGACAUUAUCCAGGCCGUUCGCGCUGCUGUUCCCAAGAGCUUUAUUGUCGGUCUUAAGCUCAACACGAUGGAUUAUACUACAGGAGGAUUUAGCGAGGCAGACGGUGCAAAGCAUCUAGCGGAGAUCGCACAAUGGGAAUGGAGCGGAGCCGGUGUCGAUUUCAUUGAGAUCAGCGGAGGAGAUUAUGAGUCACCGGAAUUCCUGCGGGAUUCGUCUCCGCGUCAGGCGUUUUUUGAAUCAUUCUCCCGUGUCGCCGUAAACGUUGUUGAACGGAAAUUUGACGGAUCCGGAUCGAUGAAAAAGGCUCCAUUGAUAAUGCUCACUGGUGGCCUGCGCACUCGGUCGCAGUUCUCGCGGGUGAUCCAAUGCAAACAUGCACACCUCAUCGGGGUCGCACGUUUGGCCGUUCUCAGGCCUGAUUUACCUUACCUGUUCCUUAAGCACCGUGACAAUGAGAGAACAAAGGACAAGGAAGAAUUGUGGGGUUGGGAAAUGGAGCCAUCUCCGGAACCUCGUUCUCCACCUUGGUGGCCUCGCCUAAUCGGCUCUGGUAUUGGCGUAGCUUGGUACACUGUUGGAAUGCAUCGGCUUGCUGCGGGUGGUAAGCUGCCGUACGGGGAGAAUUGGUUGCUUGUAUUAGGGGAGAUGUACUUCGGAGGACUUUCGAUUGUAAAGCCGAUUGUCGUUCUCUUCGGAACCGUCGUGGCUGCUCUUGUGUUACUCUUCAUCCGCGGAGGAGGUGGUGGCACUCUGUUUAGGAGCAUCAACGACCUCACGAAGUGCAUCGGCCUUCUCUGA